AUGGCUGAAGCUAAAUUAAAAUCAAAAUUGAAGGUUUUAACUUCGAAAAAGCAAACCCUUUUCAAACGAGUACAGCUAUUAUUUGAUAAAAGUCAAAACAUUGCGGAUGAGACAAUUGUGAAUGAUUUUCUUAUCAGAUAUUCGACUUUGAACGAGACCUGUAAUGAGUUUAAGCUCCUAGUUGAUGAUAUAAAUUUAAUAAAUUUAGAGCUAGAUCCUGAAUUUGAGCCAAAUUGUCAAGAAUUAAAUGUUAUUGAUGAAUUGUUUUGUCACAUUAAAUCCGUGGCUGAUUCUCUUAAGUUGAAAAAAUCCGAGCAAGUAAAUGAAUCGGUGAAAUCGAUUGGGGAUACAGUUUCUCCUAGGCUACCUAAAAUUACGAUUCCACCGUUUGAUGGCAACCCGUUAAGAUGGCCUAUAUUUUAUGCUACUUUCAAAUCAUUGGUGCAUGAAAACAUAAAAUUGGAUAGUAUUUCCAAAUUACAUUAUUUAUUAGGAAGUUUAACUCACAAUGCACUCGCUUUAUGUAGUGGGGUACCUCCUACACCUGAAAAUUAUUCAAUUAUGUGGGAUUCAUUAAUUGAUAAAUAUCAAGAUGCACGGCAGAUAGCCUUUAUGUAUUUGGAUCAAAUUUUGAAAUUCAAACCUUUUUUAGUGGAAAGUGGUCAAAAUUUAAACUUAUUUGUUGAAAAAUUUGAUAGUGCCGUUAACGCUUUAAAGGAAGUAAAGGUGGGAGAAUUAUCCGAUUUUAUUUUAAUGACAAUUGCCUUACAAAAAUUGGAUGUGCAUACACAGAAGUUAUUUGAACAGUCAUUGGCUAAAGGGGUCAUUCCCACUUACAAUGAACUUUCCGUUUUUAUCAAAACCCAAGCGAAAAUACUGAGUCGAACUAGUGGUUCAGCUAAUUCCAGUAAGCAAGCAAAUUCUAAGGCGGUGAUGCAUUCAUUUGCUAUUAGUGCCGAUUCAAAUUCAUCCGAUGUUAUGAGUAAUAAUACGUAUGAGAAAUUAAUUUGUCCAAAAUGUAAGGGAAAUCAUAAACUAUUCAAGUGUCAUAAAUUUAUGUCUUUAACGCCUACGGAACGAGUCCAUGUGGUUAAAGCGCAUAAUUUAUGUUUCAACUGUUUGCAUUCCAAUCACGGGUCAGAUGCCAAUGGUAAAGAUAAUUCAGAAGUUUUAAAGGGUAAUCCCUCCACAUCGAGUGUGUCAGUUGAAUCCAAGCCAUCUCCUCCGGUGAGUUUGUGUUCGACAUCAGAAUUAGUGCAAUCGAAAUAUACUGUAUUAUUGGCUACAGCUCAAGUACAUGUUGUAUCUCAUUUUGGAGAAAAUUUUUUAUUUAGAUUUUUGAUUGACAGUGCAAGUCAAUGCAAUUUCAUAACUCAGAGGUGUUGUCAAAGACUCAAGUUACCAGUGAAUCGAGCGUGUCUGACCGUGUCAGGAAUUGGUGUUUCCGAAAAACACGUCAACGGACAAGCUCAAUUAAAAUUUUAUAGUAAAUAUGAUAUUCACAAUAAAUACACGAUGGAUGUUUUAAUAGUUGAUAAAAUUACGGAUCAGUUGCCAACCUGUGUGAUUGAUAGUGAAGUGUGUGAUACAUUUAAAAAUUUGCGUUUGGCAGAUGAUGAAUUUUAUCGACCGAGUGAGAUUGAUGGAAUGAUAGGCGCCGAGUUAGUGCCCUACAUUCUGAAAGGACUUCGAAUCACAGGUCCGGACUCGCCAGUCGCCCUUGAUUCGACGUUAGGUUUUAUUAUUAUGGGUAAAGCGAAAGCUGAAGUCACUAAUAACAUUAUUCAAUCUUAUUGUUGUGUUAACUCUCCCCUUAAUAUGGAUCAACUCAUCCAACAAUUUUGGGAUAUAGAGGAAGUGCCAAACGGUACCGUGUUAAACGCAGACGAUUUAGAGUGCGAAAAAUUAUUUGCGGCGUCUGUUAAGCGAGACGUAAGUGGUCGAUAUGAGGUAGCUUUACCAUUUAAAAAGAUUUUUUCUGAUUUAGGAGACUCUUAUACUUCUGCUUUAAGACGAUUCCAAAACUUAGAAAAACGAUUCGCCUCUAUGCCUUUGUUUAAAAAACAAUAUAUGGAAGUUAUACGUGACUAUUUCGACCAAGGUCAUCUGAAGACCAUAAGUGGUCUACAUCCUAAAUCAUGUGGCUACUUUAUUCCUCAUCACGGGGUUUUUAAGGCUAGCUCCAGUUCUACACCAUUACGAGUGGUUUUCGAUGCGUCUGCGAAAACCGAUAAUGGAAUAUCUUUAAACGAUACUUUAUAUACCGGUCCGAAAUUACAAACUGAUAUUUUUGACAUUCUACUUAAUUUUCGUUUAUUUCAAUUUGCUAUGACAUCAGAUGUGAAACAGAUGUAUAGACAAAUUAAAUUGUGUCCUCCUCAUCAAAAAUAUCAAUGUAUUUUGUGGAGGUUUUCUGCUGAAGAACCUAUUCAAAUUUGCCAAUUAACCACGGUUGUCUUUGGGGUUAAGAGUUCUCCCUACUUAGCUUUACGCACUUUACGCCAAUUAGCUGACGAUGAAGCGAAAAAAUUUCCUUUAGCGUCCGAGAUAAUAUUACGUGAUAUCUAUAUCGAUGACAUAAUUUGUUCUGUGGCCGAAAAGUCGAUCGCGCAUAACAUUCAUCGUGAAUUAGUCGGUUUAUUCCGAGCAGGAGGCAUGGAACUAGUAAAAUGGGCGACUAAUUUACGUGAGUUAUCUGAUGAAAUUCCUGAUCAUGCUCGUUCAAAUCAAAUUCUGGAAUUCCCUACGGAGUUUUUGAGGGUGCUUGGCUUGCAGUGGCAAGCAAAUAGCGACGUUCUAAGCUUUUCUAUUAGUGUUGAAAAUUUAGAAUGUACAAAAAGACAUAUUUUGAAAACUGUAAUGCGUAUCUGGGACCCUUUAGGUUUGCUUGUUCCGGUAUCUUUACAUAUGAAAUUACUAAUUCAAGAAUUGUGGCUACUCAAACUUGAGUGGGAUGAACCUAUUCCAAAUUAUUUACAAAAUAUUUGGAAAGUCUUUCAAAAUGAGUUAAACGACUUAAGUCAAAUAAAAAUUCCACGUCAUAUUGGAUUUAAAACGGGUUCUUCGCUAGAAUUGUUGGCAUUUUGCGAUGCAUCGUCCAAAGCAUAUGCCGCAGUUAUAUAUUCCAGGAUUAUAGAUCCGGACCGUCACAUACAACUUCAUAUAUUAUGUGCUAAAUCCAAAGUGGCUCCAGUUAAAACAAUUUUAACUAUCCCUCGUUUAGAGUUAUGUGCGACAUUAUUAUUAGCAAAACUUUUGAAGUGUGUUAUUGCCCAAUAUUCGAAUCGAGUGAAUAUUACUAAUGUGUUUGCGUUUUCCGAUUCAAUGGUAGUGCUUAAUUGGAUCAAUGGUUCCCCCCAUAAGUGGAAGACUUUUGUAGCUAACCGUGUAUCAAAAAUUCAAUCUUUAAUUGAUGUGUCGUCGUGGUAUCAUAUUUCUAGUAGCGAUAAUCCAGCGGAUUGUGCGUCUCGAGGAUUAUCACCGAAAGAAUUUCUUGAACAUCCGUUGUGGUUGAGUGGACCAUCAUGGUGUUCACGUGAUAGGUCAGAGUGGCCUCUAAAACCCUUUACAAAAAAUAUUGAGCAAGAAGUUGUCUGUGAGGCUAAGACAAUUUCGUUACCCGUUUUCGAAGAGGAAGAGCAUCCUCUUUAUUCAUUAAUUAAUCGUUGCGGUUCUUGGUUAAAAUUAAUACGAUCAACCGUAUUUGUGUUGCGAUUCGCUAGAAUAUUGCCAAAACGACAAAAUAUUAUAGCUACAGAUUUAACCAAAGCCGAGAAUUACUUAAUUUCUAGUGUUCAACGUGUUCAUUUUCGAGAAGAGUUUCGUUUAUUGAAGAAUGACAAACUGUGUUCUCCGAAAAUACGCUUUCUGAAUCCUUUCAUACAGGAUAACAUUAUUCGGGUAGGAGGUCGUUUAGUCAAUGCGGUGAUUGCUUACGACCAACAACAAUCCAUGCUACUCCCCAAAAGAGAUCAUUUUGUUGAUUUAUUAAUCGAUUAUAAUCAUCGAUUCAAUUUACAUGCCGGACCUCAUUUAUUAUUGUCCAUAUUGCGUCAAAAAUAUUGGAUUUUAGCCGCGAGAGGAACGGUCCGUUUUCGUGUACAAAAGUGUAAUACUUGUUUUAAAACUAAACCGCGUUCACACGCACCAAUUAUGGCUGAUUUACCCAGUGUCAGAGUAUCUCAAGCUAAGGCAUUUACUUAUACCGGUGUCGAUUAUGGUGGUCCAUUUUAUAUAACGUUAAGUAGGCAUCGUGGAGUACGAUCCCAAAAGGCUUACAUCUGUCUUUUUACAUGUUUGACAACCCGAGCGGUUCAUUUAGAAUUGGCAUCAGAUUUAAGUACGGAUGUUUUUUUAGCUGCGUUCAAGCGUUUUCUAUCUAGACGUGGGCCGUGUUCUACAAUUUAUUCUGAUUCAGGUACAAAUUUUAUUGGUGCUAAACGAUAUUUAAAUGAGUUGUAUGAAUUUGUUCAAUCUAAUCUCUACCAAUCAGCUAUAAAUUCAGAGUUGUCUUGUCGACGUAUCAUUUGGCGAUUGAAUCCACCCACUGGGAGCCAUUUCGGAGGAGCUUGGGAGAGUAUGAUAAAAUCAGUUAAGACUCACUUAACUAGAGUUAUUGGGGAGCAAAUUUUAUCAUAUGAGGAAUUUUCAACCGUGCUUAUACAAAUUGAAGCCUUGUUAAAUUCACGCCCAUUAGUCUGGCAAUCUUCAGAUGCGGCCGAGGGUUUGCCGUUAACCCCGGCUCAUUUUUUAACGUUAACCCCUUUACAAAGUUUACCCGCAUAUAAUGUACUUGAUAAGCCACUAAAUAAGUUACAAAGAAAGGAAUUGCUUGAUAGUUUGGUCCAAUCGUAUUGGAAACGAUGGCACCAAGAAUAUUUAGGCGAGUUACAAACGCGACAAAAAUGGAAUACUCCAACCUGUCCUGUCACUCCGGGUACUUUAGUUUUAAUUAAAAACGAUAAUUUACCGCCACUUCAAUGGCUUACCGGUGUAAUAGAAGAGUUGAACCGUUUAGAAUUAAGUUAA